CAACAUGGGGAAAGACAUUGCUGCAGUCGAUGAGAAAGAAGCCCAAACAGACGUAAAGCAAACAGAUAGGACACCAAAAAUCUCCGACUACCUUCGGGUCUUCUCAUAUGCAACGAGAUGGGACUUCUUGGUCUACACGAUCGCUUCUGUCGCAUCAAUCGGCGCUGGAAUAACUCUUCCACUUAUGAAUGUCGUGUUCGGACAACUCGCUGGUCAAUUCACGGAUUACUACAGUGCAUCCACCGCCUUGACACGAGAUGACUUCGACCGUAUUCUAAACCGCCAGGCCUUAUACAUCAUGGCUCUCUUCAUCGGCCGUUGGGGUCUAAACACCAUCAACAAGUAUUGCUUCAGAAUGAUUGGCAUUAGACUGUCGUCAGCUAUACGCCUUCAUUAUCUGCAAUCGCUACUCGCGCAGUCAAUCCAUGUCAUCGACUCCAUGCCAGUAGGAGCUCCCGCAACUGCGAUCACCGCAACAACAAACACCCUGCAGCUUGGUAUCUCCGAACGCCUUGGUACAUUGCUGCAGUACAUCACAACGAUUGUGGCUGCCAUUAUCAUUGCAUUCAUCUGGAGUUGGGACCUGGCAUUGGUCACCUCUUCCUUGAUACUAUAUACCAUGCUGGUCGUUACAUUCCUUAUGCCACUCAUCCUCAAAGGUCAGACUGCGACCCUCAAGGCGGAUGAAGAAGGAACGGCUGUUGCGAGCGAGGCUCUCGGGGCGAUACCAUUUUGGUAUGGAACCAANAAAUACAUCGCCGGCGGUAUCAGCAAUUCUGGUGUGGUCAUCGUCGUGCUGAUGUCGGUCAUGAUGAUCAUAACCUCGCUGGGCUUUAUAUCAACCCCUCUCAUGGCCGUUAGUAAAGCCAUGAUUGCUGCUUGCGAGCUCUUGACAGUCAUCGAUGCACCGCCACCUGCCUCUGGUUCUCUCAGACCAGAUAUCAGCUCGAAAGAUGUGGUCUUCGACAAUGUCACUUUCGAAUAUCCAAGUCGUCCUGGCGUCAGAGUUCUGGACGGACUAAGCUUCUGCCUUCGAUCGGGUCAGAACACAGCUUUCGUUGGCCCUUCUGGUUCGGGCAAAAGUACGAUUGUCGGUCUACUGGAACGUUGGUAUUCACUCCAAGAUCAACAUACAUUACAGAAGGUGGUCGCAGAGAAGCCAUCCAAGAAGCCCGAGACUUUGGAAGACGAAGUGAUUGACGAGCAAGCUGAAUUACAGGUCAAACCUGUCCUAUCCGGCUCCAUUACCAUUGGUGAUCACAACAUCGAAACCCUGGACCUCAAAUGGUGGAGGUCUCAAGUCGGAAUAGUUCAGCAAGAGCCUUUCCUCUUCAAUGACACCAUCAUCAACAACGUCGCGAAUGGACUUAUCGGCACUGAGUGGGAGAACGGGUCGGAAGAAAAGAAACUCGAGCUCGUUCAGGAGGCAUGUCUUGAAGCGUAUGCUCAUGAUUUUGUCACCCGACUACCUGAUGUAAGUAUAGGAUUGCUGUACCUACGUUCGCCCAAGGCUUGCCUAGUACUAAUCGACACANNGGGAUAUCACACGAGAGUCGGCGAUGGUGGUAUAAAACUCUCAGGAGGACAGAAACAGCGAAUUGCCAUUGCAAGAAGCAUAAUCAAGAAGCCACGAAUCAUCAUCUUCGACGAAGCAACGAGCGCCGUAGACGCAAAAUCCGAAAAAAUCAUCCAACUGGCCCUUGACAAGAUCGCGCGGGACCGCACAACCAUCACCAUCGCCCAUCGUCUCUCAACGAUCAANAAAGCUGAUUCCGUUAUUGUACUACAGAAUGGACAUGCAAUCGAGCAGGGAACUCAUCAGAGUCUUGUCGAGGAAUCAUCCAGUGCAUACAGUGCUUUGAUACGUGCUCAGUCAAUGCACCUUUCUGCUACCGAUCACGCGGAAUCUGGAAAGCAAGAUCUGCAUGUCAAUGAGGUGCCUGGAAAGAUGACAAGCGACACUCUUCAAGUUACAGGACUGGAGUCUGUCGACACCCACCAUGGAGCGUCAAAUGUGAAAACUCAGACCCUCUUCCAGACUUUCAAGAGACUUUUGCGCACGCAGCGAGCUCAUCGUUACUCUCUUAUAGGUAUCCUCUUUUCUGCCAUGUCAGUCGCAGCAGCUACACCUAUUCAAGCUUGGCUUUUUGCAAAAGUCCUCGGGGUCUUCCUUUUGAACGGCGAAGACGCNAAAAGCAGGUCCAAAUUUUGGGCUCUUAUGUGGCUUGUCCUUGCUACAGGAUCGGGCCUUGCAAACCUUUGCGAAGCCUGGGUAGGCUUGCGUGUCCAAUAUUUCGUCAGUGCAGUAUACAAGACGCAACACUUCACUGAUAUGCUCUACCAACGGAUCAACUUCUUCGACGAGGACAGCAACUCUCAUGGCACAUUGAGCUCACGUAUCGCUAGCGAUGCUAAGUCUUUAGAAGAAGUCUUUGGUCUCAAUCUCGCACUCGCUUUAUCUGGAACAUUCAACGUGAUUGGAUGCAUAGUCAUUUCCUUGAUCUUCAGCUGGAAACUUGGGAUUGUCGCCUUGUUCGUCACCAUGCCCAUCAUGCUAUCCUCCGGUUUCUGGAGAUACAGACACGAUGUACAGUUUGACAAGAUGAACUCCAAGGUAUUCGCAGAAAGCUCGCAGUUUGCUACCGAAGCAAUAGGUGCAAUCAGAACAGUUUCCGCGCUUACUAUGGAGAGCACAAUCACCAAGAGAUAUGCGAAGCUUCUGGCUCAACAUGUCCAAGCAGCUCACACCAAGGCCCUGUGGACAUCUGGACUUUAUGGGUUCGCAGAUAGUGCUGGUCUUGGCUGUCAGGCACUGAUUUUCUGGUAUGGCGGUAGACUUCUGGCCAGUGGCGAGUUUGGCUUUGAAGCUUUCUUUGUUUGCUACAUGGCAAUGAUCCAGGGUGCAGAGGCCGCAAGUCAAGUUCUCAGUGUCGCCCCUAAUACUGCACAAGCAACAGCCGCUGCCAAUCGUAUCUUUGAGAUACAGGCGUCUGCCGACACUAAUCGUGCUGCGAAGAGCAAUGAGAAAAGUAUACCCGAAGCUGACGGUGGAGUGCGAGUUGAGCUCCAGAACGUUUCAUUCAAAUAUCCCACUCGAGAUUACUCCGUCUUCGAGGGCCUUAGCAUCAGCAUCGAGAAAGGACAAUACGCAGCUUUCGUCGGUCCAUCUGGAUGUGGCAAAACAACCAUCAUCUCUCUGCUGGAAAGGUUCUACGAUGUGAGCCCAGGACAAGGUGCAAUCACCUGCAAUGACGUCAACAUCAACGACAUGAAUGUGUACGACUACCGACGCAAUCUAUCGCUGGUUGCUCAAGAACCCACAAUGUUUCGAGGAACCAUCCGUGACAACAUUCUCUUUGGCGUACCCGAUCCCAGUUCUGUGCCAGAUGAGAGAAUCCACCAGAUCUGUCGCGACGCCCUUAUCCAUGACUUUAUUACAUCUCUACCUCAAGGCUACGACACCGACGUCGGCCAAAAAGGCAUAGCAAUGUCAGGUGGUCAGAAGCAGCGAAUCGCCAUCGCUCGAGCCUUGAUACGCGAUCCUAAACUUCUCCUUCUUGAUGAAGCAACUUCAGCUCUAGAUUCUGAGUCCGAGAAAUUAGUGCAAGCUGCUUUUGAGAGGGCACGCAGCGGAAGGACAAUGAUUGCGGUUGCUCAUCGGCUGUCUACUAUCCAGACUGCUGAUGUUAUCUUUGUGUUUGAUGAGGGAAAAGUGGUGGAGAAGGGGAGUCAUGCUGAACUUGUCAAGAAGCGGGGUGUUUAUUGGGACAUGUGUCAGAACCAAGCCUUGGAU